GAAACGCGAUCAAACCUAGUAAACGACAUUGCCUCUUCAACCGAAUGAACGGCAGAAGUUAUCGCAAGAAAACUUGAAUUCGCAGUUUCGCACAGUGAUCUUGUCGAAAACUUCCAUAAUCUUCUUCCAUGGCGGGUCUCAGAGGACUAGCGACGGCGAUCGCGGCUUUAGUCACGGUGGCAGUGCUGGUGGCGGCUUUGCCGGCACACGCCGGCGACACGAACGGAGUAUUCUCUCCGUGCACAGACACACGGGUGCAGAGAUCCGACGGAUUCACGUUGGGAAUCGUGUUCGCAUCGAAGGACAAGUUCUUCUACAACAACAACAGCAGCGUUCAGUUGUCACCGUGCGAUACAAGACUCUCUCUCUCCAAUUCCAACUCUCAGAUCUCUCUGUUCAGACCCAAGGUCGACGAGAUCUCGCUCCUCACCGUCAACUCCUCUUCCUUCGUCGCGGACUCAUAUGGCUAUAUGGUUGCAUUUGCUGGUCGGAAAUAUGCAGCAAGGUCCCCUCCUGCUUUUGUUGCAAACGGUUCAUAUACUGUAACUAGUUUUACUCUUGUCCUUGAGUUUCAGAAGGGCAGGCUGCAAAAUUUUUAUUGGAAAAGAGAUGGGUGUGCUAAAUGCUCGGGUAACUCCAAAGCUGUCUGUCUAAACAAUCAGGAUUGCGCGCUGCAAACAUCCAGCUGCAAGAGCCAUGGAGGAUCUGUGGAUUGCAGCAUAGGAAUACAAUUGGCGUUCUCUGGCACAGAUAAACACCUUUCAGCUCUCAACUCUUGGUAUGAAGUGAAAAACCUUCGCCAGUAUUCUCUCUUUGGCCUUUAUUCAAAUCUGAGAGAUUCCCUUUCUAGCCAGUACAAUAAGUUUUUCUAAUUCCCUUUAGUUCUUCUGUAAUUUGUUUGUACCAUUCUGUUGUGAUUUGCUCAUGUUUAAACUUUAUCGACUUCUCUUCCUUCCCUUCUAUAUAUAUAUAUAUUUGUGAGAACCUAGAACAAUGGCGUGUACAUUUGUAUACCAAGGUUAUCUUCAUUAUGCUGGAUGGAGUACAAUGCAUAUCAAUU